UUAUCAAAUUUCUUCUUGUUUUUCUUUGCUGUGUGUUUCCAGAGACACACCAUUUGUUAUGCAGUUUUCUCUUAUCAAUCCAACACAGUUUUUCCGUCAUUUUUUUUUCAGAUUUGUUGCUAGCCAAAUGUUGCAAGUGGAUCCUGUUGACAGUGUAGAUGUCAAUUACACAUUUGUUUCUUACCUCAUCUCUAAUUUUGUUCUUGUCCUUUGUAAGUGGCUUCAUUGACAAACUCAAAAGCAAAUUCAAAACUGCAGUUGAAAAGAUAGGUUGCAUGUGCAGCAUAAGUUCCAAAAACUAGUCACUUAUGUUUAUUCCUUUUAAAAAAUAAAGAAGUGUUCUCAAGCUUUUGAAGAAGUGCUACAUCAUUCUCUUAGUGGGUUUCUUCAGAGAAUGAAAGCUAAGAUUUCUUACCCGUCUCUUGCAGAGAACUCAGUCUUAGUUGCAUCCAAUUAAGAAAAUGUUAUAUACAUCCAGUAAGGAAUGUUUGAUGUAUCCGCACUUGCAAAAAGUCCAUACAUGUAUAUAUAAACAUAUUCAGUAAGAUGUAUUUUUAUACCUUCUUCAUUUCUUAUGCGGAAAUGUCAUUGGAAGUCUGGAAUUGACUUCUUUGUGUUUAUAUUAAUGCAUAUUUGGUUGGAGCAUAUUCCUAUCUGGAAGUCUUGACACCUGUUCAUUUUUUCUUUCCUUUUUUGUGAAAGGAUGCCUGUUCAUUCUUGAAAGGUGUUAGAUUCAGCAUAAACUUUAAUCUUUCAUCAAAGACAAUAUAUUCUGAACUUCUUUUGCCUUUUUUCUAUGGUUUUGCUAGAUAAAAAGAGGGACAGCUUUUUUAUGAGCUACGUAUGUGCCUUGCCAGAAAUCUCUACAUAUGAAUACUUUCAUAAGACAAUCUGACUGUCAAAUAUGCAGAUAGAGUUUACAGUACAUGUACUAAACAAGACAUGUAAAGUAUUCAGUAUGUAUUGGAUGCCAUCUUUGACAUGGUGGUUGUCUGCUGAGUAGUUUAGUUAGCAUGUUGAGCUGGUAUAUUAGUAACUUUCUGCCUUGCUAAUGGAGUGGCCCUACAAAGCGUUGGUUAAUAUUUAUAUUGAACUAUGCACGAAAUCUUCUCUUUUUAUACCAACCCUCCUUCACUUGCACUGACUCCCCAAACACAUCAGAGGGAUUCACAACCAAAAGCCAUGUUCCAUCCUUCAUCGUCGUCGCCACCCAACUACAGUGACCUCUCCAUGCAUCAUGCAGUGAGCUUCUCCUCUGCUGUGCCCACAGCUCCGACUGAAAUUCCUCGCGGGGGUUUCUUCCACGGCAACGGUGGCUUGCUAGCACUUCCCAAUGUUGCUGCAUCAGCGCCGCCUCCCUACCCCUCUUCCCUGCCUUCCUACUACAUGCAUAGGAACAUCAACUCGCAUUUCUUCCCUCUUCACCUCCAGUUGUCUGAACAGGUCAGCAGUAAUGCCACCUUGUCUUGCUCGUCUCCUUCAGCUUCGGCAUGCCAGUUGCCUCUUCCCCAUGUUCCUUCUUCCCCUUCAUCUUCCGGUGACCUUUUGGAGUUCAGCACUGGAGCCAUGCGGCGUGUCUUCAGUACGGGUGACCUCCAGGUGAUGAAUGUCGCGGCAUCUCCACCACCGCCACCACUUUCAGUUUCAGGUGACCCACACGGCCAAGAUGCAGGGGGGCCUUUCACUCAGAAGGUUGGCCGUUACAGCGCUGAAGAACGCAAGGAGAAGAUUGAGCGUUACCGUACGAAGCGUAACCAGAGGAACUUCCACAAGAAGAUCACUUAUGCCUGCAGGAAGACGCUGGCGGACAGCAGGCCCAGGGUGCAGGGCCGCUUCGCGAGGAAUGCCGAGACAGAGGCCGAGGCUGUUGCAGGCCACGAGAGGGAGGCCUCAGACAACAACAGCUACGAGCACUGCCACUACGGCGACCUCACCACCAACAGCAGCAGUAGCAGCUGCUGCUACGACAUCCAGUGCAGGGAAAGUGGCAAAACCACAACAUUUGACGACGGCAAGUGGUGGUGGGAGACGCCGGUGGCCGCUCCAGCUGCAGCCAAUGGGCAUCAUGGGCACCGUCAGUACCAGCAGCAGCUUCUUGAUUUUGACAUCGACAUGGACAUGGACGGAGAUGAUCUGUGGGCCAGCCUGGCUGACAUGUGCUCUGGGACCUGACCUGGGCCAUGCAAGGGGCGUCCUGAUUGGCGCUGUCUGGUGCGAGGAAGGCAGGGAGCACCAAGAGGCGGCUGCCGUUGCCCGUUGCCGAGGCAGAGGCAGUGCGGUGGUCAGAGUGGCGUUGCUGACCUUCUUGUGCCGUAGUGGUGCAUCCUAGUAGUAGUAUUUAUUAGUAGUAGUAAAAAAAAACCAAGACACAGAGAUGGAAAACCCCGUCUCAUCUCAUGUAAGAACAGAUUGUUCCCCUGGUGUUCCGUGUUACCCUAUUUUGCAAUGCAAUCUUCCACAAAGUUUGGCCA